UUCCGUAUAUCAUCCCGCGCCCGUCGCGAUAGAUGAUCUUCACCCUCAUCCCCGCAGUCACCGACAGGUCGUCCUCGUCCGUCCCCUCCCAAUCCCGCCUCAUGAUCACCUCCUCCCCCUCCUCCUCACCCUCCCUCUCAACACCGCCCACACUGCCCCCCUCCCCCUGAGCUGCUCCACCAACGCCCACCUGCUGUUGGCUUCCCACGACCCCGCCCCCGUCUCUCCCACUGCCGCCCUCUCCCCCGACCCGCUCGCCUCCUGUGCCCUCCUCCAGGAGGAGGCCGCCGAUAAUGGGGCCCGGCUGCUGCUCGUGCUGGUGUUCUUGCUCAGGCGGCGUUCUUGCUGGGUCGGGCGGUGAGGGGCCGCCGCCAACGCCUCGGUUCUGUGCGGGGGCACCCGACACGCCGCCGUGUGCAGGUGGGGCGGGUGCGGGGUGUGGGGCGGCAGAUGGGCUUUCGGCCUGGGGCAGAUGCACUCCCCCCUGCAGCACGAAACCGCGCGCCCGGAGUGACUCGGCGGUGAUGAGUGGGCCAUGCUGCUGUUGGCGUGGGGUGGUGUGCUGCCUGGCAGGGGGGCGGGGAGGACUGGGUGGUGGGUUGGGAGCCGUCGGCACGCCCUCAUGCACGAAGGGGUGGCGCAGCGCCUCAUCGGCUGAUGGAUGGAUGACACAUGCAAGGAGGGGAAGAUGUGAGCACCCUUAUGUGUGUUGUUUGCGCACAUUCUGCUGCUGACCGGUGAUGCGAUGAUACGGAUGUUGGGCGAGUAGGCGGUUGAUGAGGUCGCAGGCCUCUGAGUCCUGCUGCACUCGCGCAUCGAUGGCGUAGCCCUGUGAGAGAGGGGGAGGGAGGGGGGGGAGGGAGGGAACACACAGGUAACGAUGACGAUGCACAGAGUUCGUGUGUGAACCGCUGUCGCUAAGCAAUCACCUGUUGGAUUAUGUUGUAGGCGUCACCGCGGCUCAGUCCGGCGACCUCAAACGGAUAACGAUUCAUCAACAACCGAUACCUGCACAGCGCACACACACCGCAUCACAACAAACAAAGGGCAAUAAGGAAGUGCGGUGUUCUCUCCGUCUGUUCGUCGAUCUGUCACUCACAGGAUGACGCCUGCGCUCCACAUGUCGCUGGCCGGGGAGAAGUGCGAGUCGAGGAUCGUCUCCGGGGCCUGAAGGUAAACACGUCAGGCAAGACAUGAACCGAAUCGCGUUCUCGCUGUGUGUGGUCGUGAGCUGCUCGCCCACCAUAUGCGGGAAAUGGCCAGGGGGUUCGCGCAGGCGCUCGGCGUCACACACACGCACACACAGGUCGAAGUCAAUCAGAACCACACGCGCAUUGCCGCUCGCGUCGACCGUGACGAUCAGAUUGUCCUCUUUGACGUCACGAUGCACCAACUGUCACACACGCAGGGACCAAGGCAGCACACUGACAUCAGUGCUCGGCGCGUGUGGUCGCCAAUUCGCCCACCUGCUUCUCGUGGAGGAAUUUGAGCGCCUCGCAGAUGCCUCGCAUGAUCGCUUUGAUGUGUGCGCGUGGGAGCGGGUGUGUGUAGCUGUAGCUGAAGAGGGUGUCGCCGUCGAUCCAGGGCAUUACCACGUAGAUGCUCUGGUCGUCCGCAGAGGCGUAGAGUAUCCUUGCGGCAUUGUCAUUCUGCUCGCCCUCGAGGAUGUCACACAUGGCGAGCAUGCGCUCUGUGGAUCUCUCGCCCACAAACGACCUGAAAUGAGUAAAUGAGUCAAUGAGUGAAAGUGUGUGAUGCCUGGUGCGUGACGGCCUGACUGCUCACUCAAACUGGGCUCUGUGAAUCUUCUUGACCGCACAGUGCGUGCCUUGCAGAACGUCGGUCGCUCUGGCCACCUGAGCGAACCUGCAGCCAACCAACCAGAUGCACUGCAUCAUUCAGUGGUGUCGCUCUCCUUAGUUCAUCUAUCUGCUUACCCGCCUUGACAGACGGUGUUGCCAACGUCAAAUCGCUCGAGCAGCGCUGGGUCGCCCACAACCAU